AUGACGCAGCCUCCAGGUUUUGUUGAUGAUAAAAAUCCUUUCCAUGUUUGCAAACUGAUCAAGGCACUCUAUGGUCUAAAACAGGCCCCAAGAGCCAGACACCAUGGGGAUGUUAUGUAUGUUAUUGUAUAUGUUGAUGAUAUCCUAUUGACAGGAAGUAACACUAAGCUAGUUCAUGGCAUAGUUCACAAGUUGAACACUGAGUUUGCAUUAAAAACAUUGGGUUCUCUCAAGUAUUUUUUGGGCUUUGAGGUACGUAGAAUUGAUACAAGUAUUCAUAUGAACCAAGCAAAGUAUGCAAGGGAUCUACUAGUCAAAACAGGAAUGAUGGAUGCAAAAUCCUACCUUACUCCUAUGACUUUAGGUAAUAAGCUGAACUUUGAAGACAGUGAGCUGUUUGAUAAACCAUCACUCUACAGAAGCACAAUUGGGACAUUGCAAUAUCUAACCCUGUCAAGGCCUGAUAUUGCUUACUCUAUCAACAAACUUAUCCAAUUUCUCAAGGCCCUUACUCAAUUACACUGGCAGGCCUGCAAAAGGCUUUUGAGAUAUCUCAAAGGUACUACACAUUUUGGAGUACAUUUCACUAAAGUAAGCAGAUUUCACCUUGAGUGCUUCACUGAUGCAGAUUGGGAAGGCAACCUACAGGACAGAAGGUCCACUAGUGGCUGCUGUCCGUUUCUUGGCUCUAAUCUACUACAAUGGAGCUCCAAGAAGUAUCUCUAUCUUCUACGGAGGCAAAAUAUAGAGCACUUGCACAAGGAGCCACUGAAAUUGCAUGGUUUAGGAGUUUAUUUUCUGAAAUUGAUAAUGGUUCAGACAGCAACUUGGAAGUUGCUUCUGCAGAUUUACAGCAGAAUUAAUCUGCAAAUUGCUAUGCGCUUUACUUAUGCUUGUUACUUGGAAACUGCUCCUGCAUCAUCAGUUCACUUUACUGGGUUUCAAUGUUAUUUUGAAUUGAAGCCUAGUCUGUUUAGUGCUAAUCAGUUGGUGUUCUCGAAUUUUGCCUGGAAAUCUGCUCCUGCACUUUAUGUAGUUGAUUCAAAGUGGACAGUGGUUGAUUCAGCUUUAUGUGGUUGA